UGUUUUUUAGUACAAUUAGAGAAAAUUUACUGUUUUUUCAUGAGUAGUAAAAUUUUAAUUCAACAAUUAAAUCUGUUUCCCAUGCUUUUGAUAGAUUUAUUCGAAUUAUAAGAAAAAUAAUUAUUAUUAAUUGUUGAAAUGAGCAGUACAGGUAAUUCAUUCCAAUCAAAAACUCCGUCUGCGAACUAUUUAGCGGAAAAAGAUAAAGUAUAUUACAAAAGUCAAUUUGUUGGUAUUGAUAAUGACCCAGGAGAGUCUGAAUGUUUGUUCUGUGAUUUAUCUUUUAUUUUGCCAACAAAUGAAAAAGAUUAUUUAUCCCAUUUAUUUGAAAAACACCGGUUAGUAAUAGGCGAUGUUAAAAAAAUUGCUAGUCUAAGAAGCUAUGCACAUUAUUGGAAAGCGAGAUGCAAAAAUGAAUCAUUAAUAAAUUUUUGUACAACAAUGUUGAUGGAUUGUACACCUGAUGGCAAACCAAGUAAAGGCGAAAUUUAUUAUUUAUUAUCUGACUGCAUUGCUGAAGAUAAAACACUUCGUGAUGAAAUCCAAAGUGCUAAACUGGAAUGGGUAUUAAAUCAACAGACUUAUGAAAGAACAGAUACUAAUUUCAAGCGAGGUUGUAUAAUUUGUAAACAAGAAUUUUCGGGUCUGAGAAUUACUUAUUUAACUCAUUUAAAAGAAAAACACCAUAUUCAGUUUGGUAAAUACCAUAAUUUAGUAUUUGUUGAUAAAUUACUUGAUAAAAUUCAGUAUAAUUUUGAUAAUUUCAUUUGUAUUUAUUGUGAAAAAGUGUUCAAAGAUAGGAAUGUUUUAAAAGAACAUAUGCGUAAAAAAUUACAUAAGUGCAUUAAUCCAAGAAAUAAAUCGUAUGAUGAAUUUUAUAUUACAAAUUAUGUUAAGUUAAGGGAUCCAUUGUGCCAUAAAGAGGAUAAUGAAUUCGAUGAUGAAUAUGAUGCAAUAGUGUUCAGUGACAAUGAAGACGAAGAAAAUCUUUGGUCUGAUUGGACUGCUGAAAACAAUCCUAUUACUUGUUUAUUCUGUACUGUAAAAAUACCUGAGCUUUCAACUAUGCUCGAUCAUAUGAAAGAUGAGCAUGAUUUUGAUUUUAAUAAAUUAACAGAGAAUUUAAAUUUUUAUGAAAAAAUAAAAUUAGUCAAUUAUUUUAGAAAACAAGUACAUGAAAAAAAAUGUGUUUUCUGUGACCAACAAUCAGAUGAUUGUCUUCAGCACAUGAAAAAUCAAGAUCACUUUAAAAUUCCUCCGGCAAGAAUUUGGAACUUGGCAAAAUACUAUUCUCCAAUGUGUAAAGAAGAUCCAUUUUUAUAUCACUUAGAUACUGGUAGCGAUGAUGAAUGUGAUGAAAGUAACAUUGAUAAGCUGUCAGAUGAUAUAAAAAAUUUAUGAAAAUUAUGUGAAAAAUUCUUAAUAAAUUUUUUUUAAUA